CUGAACACACCCGGACUGGAUAUCAGGUGAAAUUAAGUCAGCAGUUGGAAGCAGAUCAGUUGCAGCUCAGCCAGCAGGAUGACAAGAAUCAGAAAGCAGUCAGUCAAUACCUAAAGCAACUACAGUCCUUCAAAUCUUCCAGUCACAGUCACGAGUCACCAUCCCAGCAGCCCCUAAGAAAGAAAACUGUCGACUUAAUGGAGAGAAAUAAGAAAACCCUUUCCCUGUUUAUUCUGCUGCCUGUGCUGCUGCUCUGCAGAAGUGAUGAGUGUCCCAGCCUGCCACAGAAUCUCAGUUGCUACACUGACUACAACAGAAAUAUCACAUGUUUGUGGAACAGCAGAAACGUGUCUAAUGACACUGCAUGCACGAUACAUGCUCAACAUAAUUCUCGCAAAAUUUCUUACAGCGCUUCCUGUCACCUAAAGCCUGUUGACGUCUCCAGACCAGCCCUAAAGAAGUGCUCCCUGAUCUUUGAAAUGGAAUACACUUUUCUGUCUUCCCAUGAGUUGUCCCUUAAUCUGAACUGCAACCAAAUGAAGAGUGGAAUUACUUCCUUCAAGCCAUCCUGUCGUAUAAAGGUGAAUCCUCCUGCAGAGCCAAAGGUCAACUUCACCUCUGUUUCCUGGUUGUCCCAAGUCCCUGAACAUGAAAGGAUCAGUUCAUACAGAAGUGAACUGCAGUGGAAGAAGCAGGAUCAGUCAUGGAGUGAUCCCACCGUGCAGAAAAACCUUGACAUUCAGUGCGAGGAUGAGUGCAAGGCAGAGCUGGAGCCAGACAAACUGAUACAAGGCGAGAGGUACGAGGCACGAGUUCAUGUGCGGUCUGUGAAACCUCAACCCGAGGGAGCCUGGAGUGACUGGAGCCCCACUGCAUCAUGGGAGUCACCUGUAGGGACAAUAAAACCACCAUCAGAUCUCAGUUGCUACACUGACUACAACAGAAACAUCACAUGUUUGUGGAACAGCAGAAACGUGUCUAAUGACACUGCAUGCAUAAUACAUGCUCAACAUAAUUCUCGCAACAUUUCUUACAGCGCUUCCUGUCACCUAAAGCCUGUUGAUGUCUCCAGACCAGCCCUGAAGAAGUGCUCCCUGAUCUUUGAAAUGGAAUACACUUUUCUGUCUUCUGAUGAGUUGUCCCUUAAUCUGAGCUGUAACCAAAUGAAGAGUGGAAUUACUUCCUUCAAGCCAUCCUGUCAUAUAAAGGUGAAUCCUCCUGCGGAGCCAAAAGUCAACUUCACCUCUGUUUCCUGGUUGUCCCAAGUCCCUGAACAUGAAAGGAUCAGUUCAUACAGAAGUGAACUGCAGUGGAAGAAGCAGGAUCAGUCAUGGAGUGAUCCCACCGUGCAGAAAAACCUUGACAUUCAGUGCGAGGAUGAGUGCAAGGCAGAGCUGGAGCCAGACAAACUGAUACAAGGCAAGAGGUACGACGCACGAGUUCAUGUGCGGUCUGUUAAACCUCAACCCGAGGGAGCCUGGAGUGACUGGAGCCCCACUGCAUCAUGGGAGUCACCUGUAGGGACAAUAAAACCACCAUCAGGCCUGCUCUUAAGCACUCACAAAACCACCCGGAUUUACAUAGUAAAGAAAAUCAAAGGUCCACCCAUACCAGACUCAGGAAAAUCCUUCCUGUGAGAAAUCCAGAGUGGGUUCACCAGUGAAUACUUUCACUCCUUCUUGAAACCAGUGGAAAUAAUCACUGUAGAAUUAACCUCCCCUGUGGAUGCUGCUGUUGCCUACAAGCCAGAUGAGAAGAUGGUGUUGAACAAAGGCAGCUAUGACUCCACCAGCUCCAGCUUCUCUAACCCAAGUUACUCUGAGCUUUGUAGCCCUCCUCCUAUUUCCUCACUCACUGCUGGGAAUCUGAAGCCCUGUGCGGCUGACACGCCUUAUGGCCCUGUUGGUGCUCAGGGUGAAGGAAAAAGCACAGAACAGGAAAGCGAUGAAGCGAGAGAGAAAGAAAAGGAGACGUUAAUGUUGCUGCUCAAAGGCAGCAGUAACAGUGAGCCAGUGCAGAUGAUUUCAGACUACGAGAAAACUGAGAGGCUCGACAAUGAUCGAUUUAGGCUCCAGAGUCUAGAUUCAGGCAUGUGCAGUUGUGAAGAGGUCAGUGAAGAGAGCAUGGAGGCAGAUAGCAUCAAUAUGACUGAUAGCCAUGAUGAGGAACCUGAGGGUGAGGAAGAGAAGGAACAAAAGGCAGAUUUUCAGAGGCUGUUUGGAAGCAGCGGAGGUGUGUUUGGCAAGUUUAUUCAGGUUUGUUCUGAUUAUGAGCGAGUGGAGAAACAGCAGGCUGACAGCCCGGAGCUUCCCAGCUUGGAUUCAGGUGUUAGCAGUGGGGGAGAGGAGCAGCUGAGUCAGGAUGAGGGCAUGGAGGAUGCUGAUAAGUCCACUGAAUCUACACGCUUCCUGUUUCCACCUCAUCCUUCCAGUGCUUUACCAUGCUCCCUGCUCUCUUUUCCACAACUGCCUCUGAACUUGCCUGGGCCACGUCUGAGUCCAGCUGUGCAGCGCCAGCCAGGUCACAUGACACAGGGGUUUGCUCUGACGUCAGCAGGCAUGUCGGUGGAGCCCUCUGGUGAUGGAUAUAUGCCAGUGAAACAGGAGGAGGGCUGAGAACAGACAGCAGGCUCAACUAGCAGGACAAAAUAGCAUGCAGCACUUGGAGGAGUCAUCACAGCCAGUCAGUUCUCAGGAAAAUGUAACAUCACAUAAAUCUUCAUCUACUUCACGUUGUUCAGCAACGUUAAAUGUAUUUUCUUUUAUUUUUAUAUUUAUGCAAAAUUAUGUUUCAUAUAUUAGAACUGUGCACUAUAACCUUGCUUUUAAAAGUGAAUUGUUACCUCAGAUAUUUCUACUUUUAAAAAAGAAAUGCAUUAUCUAAUGAAAAACUAAACUCAAAUGAAUAAUAAUGUGGUUAUAAUAAUAAAAGUGUUUGCGUUUAUAUUGUGGUUUUAGUGAGAUCAUCUAAACGGCAUGUAGCUUAUUGUACUGAAACAAAUGUUGGUAAAGGAAUGUAAGUUCCAGAUAGCUGAGAUAGUUGUGUUAUCUGUAUAGUGUGUGAACUGAUGUCAUUUAGAGGGUAUCAUGAUAAUCACAUAUUAACUAUAAUCAGGAUAUUUGAAAAUCAAAUGUCUAGAUAUAGACUGGUAUAGAUAUGUUUUGUGAAAAAUGUGAUAUUGUGACAGCCCCAAGGACAACAGUACGGUAUUAACAGAGCUGUGUCUGUCGCCAUCAUCUGUCCCGUGUCAAAUAAAUAUCAACAUUUCUAACUUA